AUGGACGAAUUGAAUUUGAAACCUGCUUGGUAUGACAUCAAGAUUAUCUAUCGUUACCCACAAGAAGUUCUUCAUGAACGGAUAAAUUACGGGUAUAUGGCGAUCAAAGAAGACAAACAUGUAAAGAUGAUGUUUAAUAGGAUCCAAAAAAUGCCCCAAGUAAAUGCUGCUGAGUUGUACGUAAGUUUGGAGCCGCUUGUAGAAGUUGAUACUGAGGUGGUGCAACAAACAACUAUGUCUUUCCAAUUUACAGCCGUAAAUGAUGGAUGCACUACAAUGAGAGGUUAUACGCUCCCAUCUCAAGAUCAUGUUGCCAAUACUGGUAAAACCCUCCAUCCUGAAGAGACACAUUUAAAGGAGGAAAAUGAAGACGAAGACGAAGAUCAUGCUACGAAUGAUGGUGAAAAUAUUGAUGAUGUGGAUGAGUAUGAAGAGAGGAUUGACCAAGGUGAGUUUGAGAAUGAUGUGGAUGACCAUGAAGUCGUUGCCAAUUUUGAAGAGGAAAAUAUGGAGUAUGAUGAUGAAGGUGAUGCAGACAAUGAUAUUGGCGUUCAGCAUGAUACAAAUACGACCACUGGCUACAGACCUCCUUCCGAGUCAUUCUACGCAAAUACUUGGGAAAAUAUGGUUGAUCCUUCAUGUCUUCAGAUACCAUCUGUUUCUACUUGGGAAGAUGGGAUGCAUUUUUGUAAAAGGUUGACUUUUGCAAAUAAACAGGCGGUGAGACGUGCAUUGAUAAUAUACCCAGCAAAUGAUAAUAGAAAUUUUAUAAUCCGGAGGUCAACCAAAACUAAAUUGUGCGCCGCAUGCGUUGACGACAACUGCAAGUGGUACGUUGGGGCAUUCAUGAAGUCUAAACUUAAUGGUCUAUGGAUGGUCACGUCUUAUUUGGGUCCACACACUUGUAUACCCUUUGGCUUGCGAAGAGAUGGUAAAAUGAUGAAUUCUAAUUUUGUUGCAUCAGAAAUUGUGGGAAAAUUGCAACAAAAUCACACUACUCGUAUUGAUGAGCUCUGGGAGAUCAUACAUACUAAGUAUAAGCAUGAGCUUUCCUACUAUAAAGUAUGGGACGCAAAACAAAAGGCAAUUGCUAAGAUAUUUGGGGAUUGGGAGGAGUCUUACCAAAGGCUGCGAAAGUUGUUGUUGGCAUACUUGGAUCAGGAUUCGAGUACCCAGUACAGCUAUCACACCAUACCUAGGCCACACGAAGGUACUGCGUUACUGCGCUAUGUAUAUUGGGCAUUCACUCCAUGCAUUGCUGCAUUCAAAUAUUGCAGGCCAGUGAUCAGUAUUGAUGGAACUCAUUUGUAUGGUAAAUACAAAGGGGUAUUGAUGAUUGCAAUGGCAACCGAUGCUAACUAA